UGUUCUGACCCCAGUCCGCAGCUGGUCAGCCUCUCUCCACUCUGCCAAGAUGAUGAGAGUUGCGUCAGGACGGAUCACCACCAGAGACCGCCACCGGUGCCGAGCCAGGGGUCGAGCAGAGGACCGCAGGCAUCCGACGUAUCCCCGAAGACAAACAGGAAAGGACUCGCGACGUGGGGCAAGAAGGUCGGUCGGAAGUGGGAGCAGCUGAAGAGGAGCGACUCCUCCGAGCUGCUGGCAGUCACGCCCGGUAGACGGCGGCACUGGUCGCCCAACAAAUCGCCCCCGCCCCCACCCCCGCCACAGGAGCAGGCGGCGUCCGGCACCGCGGCCCGCGGUCGACGCAUCUCACGCGUCGAGUCACUGCGGAACUUGUUCGCUGGUCGCAACAGCAAAGUGGACAAACAGACAAACACCGACCGCGACCCCGACUGGGUCAAGGAGGAGUGCAAACGCGGCCUCGCGGACCUGUACCAACUGAACGCCAUGCUCAUGAUGGACGAGCAGUUGCUGGAGUACCUGCAGAACUCGCUAGGGCCUGACGCGGCCAAAGCCCUCAGCUGUGAGGACCUCCUGUCGGCUUUCAGGGCUGUAGCCAGUGACGAGGAGUCGUCCAGCAAAUCCAAGAAGCGGUCCUCCAAGUUGUCUGUGCUAACCGAGGAGAACUCUGGCGCGGGUUCUCCAAAGCGAAUGACAGUGUCCACGAGUUGCGACGACCUCCUGGCGAACGACGCCGAACUGCGUCCGAAAGCCUCCAUGAGAAGUUCAAGCCUGUCCGACGCGCCACUGUCUGUCAGCGACCUCUGUCUCUUCCUCAACAACCUGCUGCUCCUCCGGUCGGACGAGAGUGGCUACGAGAGCGACUCCACGCGGACAGGCUCGGACUCCCCGCGCGGAUCCAUCAAGUCCACGACUUCGGAUUUGCCUUCGUCCAAUGGCCUGAUACAGCCCCGGAGAGGCACGGACGAACAGCUGCAGGAGGAAGGAGAGGAUGAAGCCAAGACUGCGGACAGCGUGUUCGAGGCGCCAGGAGAAACCAGCCAGGAGAAGCUGUCCUUCUCGCGGAAGAGGAACGCCAUCAGGCGGGGCGACGUGAAGGCGAUAGGGAGGCGACCGCGGUCCACGGGUGGGGACCCACCCGAGUCGCUGCUGUGCGACAGAUGCAAGCCGGAGGAACUGAAGUGCAUCCGGGUCUGCAAGGACGUGACAGGAGAGCUGGGGGUGUACAUCGAGCGCAAGGAUCCGCGCACCAGCUGCUACGUGAUUUCGCGUAUCGAGCAGGGCGGGCUCAUGGACAGGGAUGGCCGUUUCCACGUGGGCGACGAACUGGUGAAGGUAAACGGCCGGCGCCUGCGCGGCAUGACGCUUCAGGAAGCCCGCAUGACGCUCAAAAACUCUCCCCGAGAAGUGGACAUCGUGAUUGCCCGGAAGUGCGAGGACAAGCCGCCAGUCGUGACGGGCAUGAGGAAGUUCUCGUACCAGUUGGAUCACGUGGCGCCUCGGAGACGCAGUUGCAAUGUGCCGCCCACCGUCGGGCCGGGGCGUCGCGUCACGGCGGGUACCCUUCCUAGGCGGCCCAAAUCCCUGUCCCUCUCUCUCUUCACCGUAACGUUCCACAAGGGACCAGGAAGGAAGUCUCUGGGGUUCAGUGUCGUUGGCGGACGGGACUCUCCCAAAGGUAGCAUAGGUAUCUUCGUAAAGACGGUGUUCCACUCGGGGCAGGCGGCAGAAGACGGCAGCCUCAAGGAGGGAGAUGAGAUCCUGGCCGUGAAUGGCACGCCACUGCAAGGCCUCACGCACUCUGAAGCCAUAACAGUGUUCAAGAACAUCAAGAGUGGGGAGGUGCUUCUGCAUGUGGGGCGAAGGGACCUGCAGACCUGCAGGGCCAGCAAAUCGAAGUCGUGCGACGACCUGGACAAAUUCAGUGGCUGAACGGCAGACAGGAGACCUGGUGAUUCCAGAACCACGCAGUCAGGGCCGUAAUCGGACACGUCUUUGUUGGAAAUGUGUCAUCUUAGGGACACACGGGGCGGUCCAGUUCAGCAAAACAUCACUCAUCACGCCUCAAAGACGCUGCCACUCGUAAGCAGAUGAUGUCUGCUCCUCAGGACGCAGUGACGUAGUUUGAGUGUUUCAGUGUUCUUGGGACAGUGAUAAGCGAUCCCACAACUACUUUGUUACACCAGAUGUCGCAUUACUUAAGGUUCCGUGCUGGCUGUGAGCUCUCUGAUGCGCCGGAUUCGAAUCGAGCUCCGGGUUACUCCGGCUUGUGGCAUUUAUGAAUACCCGGAGCUUCUCCUCUGUGCUCAGACAUUCUGUGGGGAAAGUUACGGCAAACAGUUCCUCUUCACGUGGCGUGGGCUUCUCAACUUGCUUCUUAAGACAGGCUACCCAACUGUACAGUUAUGUAGUCAAGUCUGCUGGUGUUAUGACGGUGUGUCCACACUAUCCUCUGUGUAUAUAGAUUUGCUGUACUUUUAUUCACAAUAAAUUCUGACAGAUCUGUUUAUGCUGGACAGUCUGUCAACUGAA